AGAAAGUUCGAUACGACGUAAUGCUGCACGUUACGUAUCAAACUUAAUAAUAAGCUUAUAUGGAAUAAAAGUUUUGUUUGCAUUUUAAUGAGUAAACGGUAAUUUGGAUAAUAGAAAAAAAUAUAAGAAUAAUAAUGAGUGAUAAAACGUUACUUGAUAUUGAUGAUACGAUACUGACGAAAAGUUUAUUGUUGUCUAAAAAUAAAGAUGAAUAUGAAAUGGAUGACAUAUUAAAGCAACAGUUUGAAAGAAAAGCUACUAAAUGCAUUAUCAUUCAUCCUUUACCUGGGUGUUGCGUGAAAACAAAAACGGAUACAGGCGAGAAAGUGUUCUUAAAUAUAUGUACGACGACUAAAAUACCUCCUCCGGAAGAUAUAUCGGAAGAGAAACUAAUUUCCCUUUUGGAUCAAGAAACGCCCGAUCAUUCUAUACCAAUGAGUAUCGGUGAAGAGAGAUUAGAACCCGAUAAAGGUGGUACCUUAUGCGUGACCCAUGACGUUGCGAUAAAUAAGGAUUAUUUCGAAAAGUGUCAAACUAAACAAUAUUUCUGGUUAUUUACGAUAUCUGUCAUAAUGGAAGGCGUAUCGCAUAAAUUUGGUAGAUGUUUGGAUUCGAAAACUUGUAUUAUUCUUAAAAAUCGAAAAGUCAUGGGUACGAUUCAACCGCAGCGUAUCGACGAUCGUGAAGCGCGUAAAGUAUUGCCGGCGUCUAAAAGGCCAUUGAUACAAGAAAUAUCGAGCUCUUCAAAGACCGACUGUAAUCGGUCAGUCAGCUCGGCACAACAACUCCAGAGUAAUCGUCAGGGAUUUAUGACACACGAUUACGUGAUAUUGAAAGAACCUUCGAAAGGAAUUGCAAGACGUUUAAUCGCUUUAUUUCAUAUACCUAAGGGGGUAGUAUCUGGCGAAGAUAUAAACGUGCUCGCCGACGCUGAUCAUAUAAUUGUUACAACGAAUGAAAACAAUUUCGCAUAUGACGUUUAUAUACCUUAUACGAUAAAGUUGGACGAAACGGAGAGCUUCUUUGAUAAAGAUUUGAGAGUUUUGCGAUUAAAUAUGCCAAUUGAAAAUUAAUAAUAUGCAAUGUAUGGGAAGAAAAGAGCGCACUAAGAUAAUAAACACGUAUCAACGGAAUCAUUAGCAUAAUAGCUAAUAUUAUUCCUGCCGCAAUGUCCAAUACCGUAUGCAUUCCCAAAUAAAGUCGACUGGUGCAGACGAGCGUACACCUAUAUAAAAGUGAAAUAUAUUAAAUGAGCCUAAAAGAAGAAGAAGAAGAAGAAGAAGAAAAAGAAAUAAAUUGGAUUUAAUCGCAUAGUACUUACCAGAAGAAAGCUAUUGUAGAACCAAUCGGAAACGAAUAGAUGUAUCUAUUCAUGGUAAAUAUCAGUACGCUAAAAGGAAUUGAAAUUCCAAUCAUGGCGUGAGUCGACGGCAUCCCAUAUUCUUCUGACCAUUUAUUUUGCAAUCUGACGGCUGGCGGACAAGCCGGUCUUGGCCAACGAAUAACAUCUUUCAAUGCUUGUCCUACAAGACAAUAAUAUAAUACGAUAGAAAUCGAA